AUGUCUUCGACAGGCGUUGCGCAUGAUGCGUCGGCUCUGCCUACACCCACUUCGGAUUUGCUGACCGCGAAUCGACAAGUGGACGACGAGGAGGCAAAAAGUGUGGAGGUGGAGGAGUUACGGCAGGAGGGAGGGGAAGAGGAAGAUGAAAAGAAGGAGCAGCAGCAGCAGCAGCAACCGACACCGUGGGAACGUCUCUAUGAAAAGGGUCUGCAACAAGAGGCAAGACGACUGAAGACAUUUGAAAAGUUCACUGCAAAUCGGGUGGCGAAAGCCCUAUUCGAUCAGCAGCGCCUUGCCGCGGGAAGGGGGAGCACACGCAGCUGUAAGAAGGACUUUGCUGAGCGACAGCAGCGAUGGUUGGAUAAAAAGGAGGAGCAUGUUCGACAGUUGCGGGAAGUGGCGGAGAUGGCCAAGCUGAGACGGAUUAAGCCUCCUGUGAUCAACGAGGUUUCUCAACACAUGGCAGAGCAGGCUGGACACGAAGGCCCGAUACGUGGAUGGGAGGCGCACUUUGCUCGAUACGCCCUUCGAUUUGCCGGGAAUUUGUCCAUUCCAACGCAUAUGUUUCGACCCAACAUUAACGUGAAUGCCCGGCAUUCGGAGAAAACUGAAGGAGACAUUGGCGAGCGCCUCUAUUUGAAGGAAGUAGAGCGGCGACAACGACUGCACGAGCUGACAAUGAAGUGCCGACAAAACGAACUCAGCGAUAGCUUCACAGGGAAGCCAUACUUUGCACCAUCUUUUCCAUGGAAGGCGGGGGCGGCAAGGGGGCGGAGUGGAGAGCAGCGCACUCGCAGCGCUUCCAAGGCGGCGGAAAUGCUUUACAUAAAAGCACAGGAACAGCGGGAGCGUCGCGGCAAACUGGAGGAACGCACAAAAGAAGAACACUCCUUCACACCUGAGAUAUGCAGGCUCUCACGUAAAAUGGUUGAAAGGCGAAAAAAAAUGUGA